AUGGAACGCCAAAUCGCUAUCGGCGCUCUCGCGAGCAAAUGGGCGGUGGUCGCAGCCAUCGCCGUCACCUACGACUACUUCCUCACACUCAAUACAGAGAUUCAGUAUGUCUGGAGCAGAAAGAUGACGAGUGCAGGCGCGAUCUAUGUCGUCAUACGUUGCUCCUCAUUGGUCACCAUCAUCCUCGGCUUCCUCGAUUGCUUCCCUUGGCCGGGCAAAUCAUCACCAUACGCAGCGAUCAAGACUCGGUCCACCUACGACCCAGGACCCCACAACAUGCUCACCUUGUGCAACGCGGAUUUCUCACAUUUCGAGUUCUUCCGCGAAGGAAACGCACAGCAGGGGCUGAGAAUUACCGCGGCGUUCUUUCAAAAUGGCGUCGCCUACUUCGCUGCACUCCUCGUUGGAAACAUCAUUAACCUCGCAUUCAUCAACGAUGUGCAGCUAUUGUUCAAUCUCAUCGGGGCGCUCACCGCCAUGACGGUGGUCUUGACCUGCCGUUUCAUCCUCGACUUAUUCGAAGCGAGCGCGAGGGCGCGCUUCGGCACUGUCCCGACAUUACACCUCUCGGCCAUGGUGCGCUCGCGCUCGCUUGCGUUCGCACACGUCGGCGGCGUCAGCGCGACUGGCGCUUCUGCAGGAAUUUUCGGCGCGGAUGUCAGUUGGGGCAGUACAGAAGAGAGCGAGAGCGACUGGAGUAAGAAAGACGAAUGCGGCUUCGAGCUCCAGCCUAUGAACCCGGAACGACAAACACCGGAUGUGCACGCUUUCAGAUCGGAUUCGUGA